AUGCCGGGUUAUGCCAAGUUUAUGAAGGAGUUAGUCACAAAGAAAAGAAUCUUGGACUUCGAAACAAUUGAAAUCUCUCAUAGUUGUAGUGAAAUUAUGACUAAUGAGAGGAUUAUAAAGAAAAAAGAUCCCGGAGCCUUCACCAUUCCUUUCACUAUCAGUAUGAUCAAACUUUCCAAGGCCCUAUGUGAUUUGGGAGCAAGUAUAAAUCUAAUUCCAUACGCAUUCUAUAAACAAUUUGGGUUGGGUGAACCGAAAUCCAAAACAAUGAGGCUUCUGAUGGCAGACCGAUCGAUCAAGCACCCCGUGUGGAUACUCUAUGAUAUCUUGCCAUUCUUAGCAACCGGGAGAGCGUUAGUGGAUGUUGAAAGUGGAGAAUUGAAGUUCCGGGUGAAUGAAGAUGAAGUCACUUUUAACGUGUGUAAGUCAAUGAAGCACCCAAGAGAUAUUAAUAUAGUUUCGACUAUUGAUGUAAUUGAUGAAACAGUAGCUUGUGUGAGCCAUUUGAUGUGUAUGACUGAGCCACUUGAGGCUGUGCUUGCAAACUAUGAUGAGUCCGAUGUCCAAGGUUACAAUGAGGUGGUGGCAGCCUUUUCGGGUUUUGGGGAAUGUUCAAAGACUCCAUUAAAGCUGGAUAUUGAUCUAAAACCUCAAGAAAAUCCACCCGCUAAGCCAUCAACAGAGGAACCACCAAAGCUUGAGUUGAAAGUACUCCCCGCUCAUCUUUGA